GAGACGUCUGUCUAUUUGUCUCGUUCACAGUUUGAAGCUUUUAAAGGUGAAACUUUACAAAUCGAUCAUUGAGACUAAGAUGUAAAUAAUCUAAAAGAGAGUUUGAUAAAUCCUGAUUGAAUUCACCGGAGCAGCCAUCAGCCUGAUUAUGGAGAUCUAUCAUUACCUCUGGCUUCUCUCUGUAAUAACCUGCUGUUCAGGUUCAGGUUUCAAUGAUAACCCAACCAUAGAUCCAAGGCUCUAUAACCCAGGCUGGAUGAAGUCUAUACCUGAUGAGACUCCACUCUCUGCUAUCUCCAUACCUGGAACACAUGGAAGCUUAUCAUUAUAUGGAGGACCACUUGCUAAAUGUCAAGUUUGGACCUUGGACAAGCAACUUAAAGUGGGACUCAGGUUUUUUGACGUGCAUGCUGGUAUUUGGUUGCAGACCCAAGAAGAUAUUUAUAUCUGGGAUAGUCACUGGAUUCUUUCACAACACAUUCGAUUUGAUGAAGCCCUCAGGAUCAUUUUCAACUUCUUAAAUGUCCACAGUAGUGAGACUGUGCUGCUUAAAGUAACACUGCAUGGGGUUUUCAAGGGGAAAGUUGUAACAUUGAUGAAGAAAGUGAUUGAAAAGAAUAGAAAUAAAAUAUGGACUGGGUUGUCAGUACCAAACAUGCAGCAGGCAAGAGGAAAGAUUGUUCUUCUCCAGAGUGACACUUUCCGUCCUGGAGCAAAAAAUUCAUUUUCAUUGUUUUUUGAAAAUCACCGGCUAAUCAAUGCAGAAGACAAAAUCAGGAAACUGAAGCCACACCUCUGUGAUCAUCACAUUGUGCUGACUGACAUUGCAGCAUCACGUUUUAAAAGUCCGAAAUGGUUGGCUCAAACAAUUAAUAAACAGCUUUAUGACUUUGUGGUGCAACAUAUGAAAAGCUCCUUAAACCAAGGUUGUUUAGGUGUCUUAAGCAUGAAUUUUCCCAGCGUUGAUCUUAUUAAAAAAAUUAUUCAAAUAAAACAAUGCGAUUGUGGAAAGCCAAAAUCUCCAACAUCAGAGCUGGGCAAACCUGAAACUGAUCCAAACAGUACACCUGGAGGAGUGCCUGCACCAGACUUAACAACACCCUGGCAAGAUUCGAAAACAACAGCCGCAGCAGCUCCUGCAGAAGACUCAACAACCUCUGGAACAGAGUCAGAAACAACAGUCGAACCAGGUCUUGCAGAAGACUCAACAACCACUGAACCAGCUCCUGCAGAGGACUCAACAACCUCUGGGCCAGAGUCGGAAACGACUGCAGAACCAGCUCCUACAGAAGACUCAACAACCGCUGAACCACCUCCUGCAGAGGACUCAACAACCUCUGGCCAGAGUCGGAAACGACUGCAGAACCAGCUCCUGCAGAAGACUCAACAACCGCUGAACCACCUCCUGCAGAGGACUCAACAACCUCUGGGCCAGAGUCGGAAACGACUGCAGAACCAGAGGACUCAACAACCUCUGGGCCAGAGUCGGAAACGACUGCAGAAUCAGCUCCUGCAGAAGACUCGACAACCGCUGAACCACCUCCUGCAGAGGACUCAACAACCUCUAGGCCAGAGUCGGAAACGACUGCAGAACCAGCUCCUGCAGAAGACUCGACAACCGCUGAACCACCUCCUGCAGAGGACUCAACAACCUCUAGGCCAGAGUCGGAAACGACUGCAGAACCAGCUCCUGCAGAAGACUCGACAACCGCUGAACCACCUCCUGCAGAGGACUCAACAACCUCUAGGCCAGAGUCGGAAACGACUGCAGAACCAGCUCCUGCAGAAGACUCGACAACCGCUGAACCACCUCCUGCAGAGGACUCAACAACCUCUAGGCCAGAGUCGGAAACGACUGCAGAACCAGCUCCUGCAGAAGACUCGACAACCGCUGAACCACCUCCUGCAGAGGACUCAACAACCUCUAGGCCAGAGUCGGAAACGACUGCAGAACCAGCUCCUGCAGAAGACUCGACAACCGCUGAACCACCUCCUGCAGAGGACUCAACAACCUCUAGGCCAGAGUCGGAAACGACUGCAGAACCAGCUCCUGCAGAAGACUCGACAACCGCUGAACCACCUCCUGCAGAGGACUCAACAACCUCUGGGCCAGAGUCAGAAACGACUGCAGAACCAGCUCCUGCAGAAGACUCGACAACCGCUGAACCACCUCCUGCAGAGGACUCAACAACCUCUGGGCCAGAGUCGGAAACGACUGCAGAACCAGCUCCUGCAGAAGACUCGACAACCGCUGAACCACCUCCUGCAGAGGACUCAACAACCUCUGGGCCAGAGUCGGAAACGACUGCAGAACCAGCUCCUGCAGAAGACUCAACAACCGCUGAACCACCUCCUGCAGAGGACUCAACAACCUCUGGGCCAGAGUUGGAAACGACUGCAGAACCAGCUCAUGCAGAAGACUCAACAACCUCUGGACCAGAGUCAGAAACAACUGUAG